GUAGUGGGAGGGGGGAGGAGAGGGAGGGGGUGCGCGCGCAUGCUCUUAACAAACGCCGGAGCGAGAGACUUUUCUUUUUUCUUUUUUUUGCUUCCAGUGCACGAGCGCAGGUUGAAAGUGAGAGAGCGGAGAUUUUUUUUUCAGUGUGAUUUCCAUGGCCGUGCAAAGUGCCGGUACACCGGGGACCGUCUGGAAGCGCGACCCGUGAACGAGAACCCCCCCACCCCCCACCCCACACUCUAAAUAUGAAGGAGAAGACAUGAACGCGGACCUUUUGGGAUCUUCACCUCGAUUUUUCUUUUCGUUCCUCCCUCUCUUCGUCGGGCUACAUUUCGCGUCUUCGGGGAUGUUUGCGAGUUGCGUCUCUGCGGCGUCUUCAGCUCGGAUACUGACCCGCCUCUGCGCCCUGGUGCUGGUGGUCGCGCUGGGACUGGGUUCGGAGCUGCGGGUCCGGGUCCGGCUCGCGGACGGACUGGUGACCGAGGAGGUGCUGGAGGCGGACAACGAGAGGGACUCCAUAUCGCUCGAAUUCAAGCAGGGAGACGGGACGCUCGUGACGUUCGUGGCGGACUUCAAACAGGAUGUGAAGAUAUUCCGAGCGCUGAUCCUGGGCGAGCUUGAGAGGGGCCAGAACCAGUACCAGGCGCUGUGCUUCGUCUCCCGCCUCGGCCGCAAUGAGAUCAUCCCGAGCGAGUCCAUGGCCCGUCUCAGACAGAAAAACCCUCAGGCCAUCCGCUUGGCAGAGGAGCGGCGAGGCCUGGAGCAGCUGGAGAUGAGUGCCGCCGUCAACCUGAGCCGGGCCUCGCAACUCAGCUCCCACAUCCACAACAUGUGCAGCGAGGCCCGGGACGCCAUCUACACCCGGGAGUCCGAUGUCAGACACUGGCUGGACAAAGGAGCGGACUCCUCCAUGUUCGAGGCGCUGCCCCAGGCGGCGGAGGCGUGCCACUCCACCAAAGACCCGUGGCAGCCGUGUCUGUGCACGUACGGCCUGCGUCUGGAGUGGUACCCGUGUCAGCUCAAGUACUGCCGCAGCCGGGACGCGGCGGGCAAAGGCUCCGCCUACAAGUGCGGCAUCAAGAGCUGCAGCAAGGGCUUCCACUUCACGUACUACGUCGCCCAGAAGCAGCUGUGUCUGUGGGACGAGGAGACCUAGCCGUGCGGGCGGGCGGGGUUCAGAACGACCAGAGAGAGAGGGCCUCGCGGGGUUCUCUCUCUCUCUCCGGCACCAAAAGCGAUGCCGAGCUAGUCGAAGUAAACGCGGGGACACUCGGACAUCGGUUUACGUGACGGGAAGUCGCUUCAGAGAAUCCAGAUGUUCUGGAAACGGGGGAAGAAAAAAAAAACAUAUUCAGGUUCCGAUUGAGACCAAAAGCUUAAGAGGAAGGAGAGCUGCUGACCCCCUGAAUUUAAAGUCUUUUUUUCCGGGGGGGGGGGGGGUAAUAAUUAUCAACUAUAAUGUGACUUUGCAAAGAAGAUGUCACUUUUGUGCCUUUUUCUUCUUUUUCUUUUUUUUGGAAGUUAUCGUAGCAGAUUACAGGCGGCAACAACAAUAACCUCCCAAACCAGCGACGGUAUGCACACCCGUGGAUUUAGUGCAUUUCAGAUCAAUUAACCAAUUAAGCCCAGCGAAGGAAGAACAGAGUCUGACCGCAGGAGUCGUACCGGACAUUUGGAUGGUGGGAGUUUGACUUUCCUCUAAAGCUCUGUGAAUGAAAGACAAGCGGUUUGUAGCCAGCGGACGAAAAGAAAACGCUUCUUCGAUGCGGGCUGUUAUUUAUUUUGGUUGCAAAGUAAAAUGAUUGAGGACUAUAUUGUCGUAUCUCGUGUUGCAUAUAAGCUCUUAGAGUCAAAAACAAACCACAGGUCCUCGGUAACGAUAGGUAUUCACACGCAUUUCAAAGUGUUCUUGGUUUACAGAGAGUUUGGAUCAACACGACAGAUGUAUUAUAUUCUUCUUAGGAUCGCGGUAGUUCUGCUUGACCCUCGCCACUCACAUCCUGUUUUUAAAAAAGUGCCAAAUAAACCAAAGUCAAGGAGAUUGCUGUCGAAAGAAGGGAGUAAUGUUUCACUCUAUCUGUGGUGGGUUUUUUUCCACGUCAUGAUUCACAAAAAAACUGGCCUUUAAAAAAAAUAUAUAUAUACUGCCAUCUUCUGGUUAAACAAUGGCCUUGUUUAUUAUGUUUUAGUCGGUUCAUCUCAGUUAAAUGUCUAAUUUAUGCAACUCGAAACCCCCGGAUAAUAUUUAAAGCGUAAUUCAAGGAGCAUUUUUCCUCUAACAUGUUGGACCAAAUUAAAAUUUCUGUCCGUCUGAUCUUUAAGAGAAGUUUAAAGUGUGACCUCCGUAUUCAUUUCAGUCGUUGCUGCCGUGUCAAAAGAUUAAUUUGUUGUGUUUUUGUGUGUCACGCUAACUAAAAAAGAACCAAACGUGUGGAACAUUUCUAUUUGUGACCUUUACUGGUGAUGAAGUGCCUUAACAUUUCCACUGAUUUAUAUUUGAUAUGUAAUUGUAGAUCGAGUUUGUGAACAUAUUUUUUUCUAUGAAAGAGUUUUAAAUAUGUUGUAAAAAGUUGGAGAAAAUUAAGCAGUUUAGAUAAUGUACCAUAUAUAAGAGUUUGACAUGAAUUUCAAUAAAGUCUUUCUUUGCACUGCA